AUGGGGAUUCCUGGGCUUAUCAACGCACUUGGACCGGGAGAGCGGAUUUCUCUGUCAAAGUUGGCUAUUACACAUUUGGAGCGGACGUCAAGACCAAUCCGAAUAGCUGUUGACAUCUCAAUCUGGCUGUUCCAGGUUCAGGCCGGUCGCGGCGGCAAAAAUCCAGAGCUGCGCACAUUGUUUUAUCGGCUACUAAAGAUUUUGGCACUGCCUAUCCAUCCGCUAUUCGUUUAUGAUGGCAAGGACAAGCCCCCCUUUAAGCGGGGAAAGGCUGUUUCCGGUCGGAGCUAUGGAAGCGCCCCGAUUAUCCAGCUUUCGAAGAUCCUAAUUGAUCUGUUCAAGUUUCCUCGUCACGAGGCCCCUGGUGAAGCAGAGGCAGAGUGCGCAAGGCUACAAAUGGCUGGAGUAGUUGAUGCUGUCAUGAGCAACGAUGUGGACACGCUAAUGUUCGGUUCGAGGAGCACGAUCAUGAACUUCUCCAAGGAAGGUGGCAGUGGCUCCGCUGCAGCAACGCAUGUUACCUGCUAUACUAUGAAUGGAGAUGACUCGUCAAACGUCAAGCUUGAUCGACCGGGAAUGAUUCUAUUCGCUAUGCUCAGCGGAGGAGAUUAUCUGCCGUCGGGAGUUCCCAAAUGUGGCAGCAAACUGGCCGCAGAAAUUGCAAAGGCAGGAUUUGGCGGAGAUCUGCUCGAAGCGCUUGAAGCCGACGACCUUGACGCGAAACUUAGUGAAUGGCGAGAACGACUGCAGUACGAGCUCGAGGAGAACGAAAGCGGCUAUUUCCAGACAAAACACAAGGUGGUUAGGAUUCCAGAGGCUUUUCCCGACCGAACGAUACUGUCAUACUAUGCAAAGCCCGUUGUAUCCUCAGAGCAGGACAUUGAGUUGUUGAGAUAUCGCCUGAGGAAUGCGUGGGAUAGAGAAGUUGAUGUCUUUGAACUGAGGCAGUUUACAGCCGAUACCCUUGACUGGAAAUAUCGUUCUGGCGCAAGGAAGGUGAUCAGGCUCCUGGCUGAGCCUCUCGUCUCCUACAGGCUUCGUCUUGGGAAACACGGUUUGGUUUCUGGCAGGCCCAGAUUAUCCCACGACAAUGCCCCCGUUCUACACAAGAUCUACAAAAGCAGAACGAGCUUCAGCACAGACGGUCUGACUGAAUUGCAACUCGAUAUGGUACCCAUCGACAUUGUUGGCUUGGACCUGCUCGCCGAGGAACCGAACCCUCCACUCCCACUUCCUUCCCAGGAAACCGCAGCUUCCGGCGAUGAAGGAGAAGAUGGAGAGGGCGAGGCUGAAGCAGAAGCAGAGAUGAUCCCGCAAUCACCAACCAAGAAAAGGGUGACCAAGCGAUACGAUCCGUACGCCACGGAGAAGGUGUGGGUUUUUGAGGCCCUGGCUUCAAUAGGCAUUCCACAGGCCUUGGAGACCUGGAAAAAGGAACAAGCUGCCAAACAGAACCCACCACCUAAAAAGACAACGACACGAAAGGGAGUCCCUAGAAGGCGAAAAGAGCUGGAUCCAAGCAUGAAACAAGGCAGCAUCCUCAAAUAUGGCACGCUUAAGAAGGGACGCUCCGAUAUGUCAGAAUACAAAAGCGCACAACUGUUCGAAGCUGCGGUCUCAUCAACGCCUCCGUCAAGGUCUCCUCCAUUUUCCAGUCCUGGAGUGCAUGGCCUGACAACGACUCCUCCGAACUUGAACCGUGCAGACGGGUUUGACUAUUUGGUCGACAGAUUCGCGUCAUGCAAUCUGACGGGUUCACCGGUAAAGCGCCGCCCGGUGACAAGAACCAGGGCUGCGCAACGCACAGUCAUUGGUUCGGACGGUGCUGAACGUAUCGAGAUUGCAGACGAGGAUUCGGACGAUUUGUCAAUCGAGAUGCCGUCACUCCGCAUGAGUUACUCGAACGCAAGCUAUAAGGAGCUACACUGCCAUGAAUUUUUCUCACAGCCCUACAAAAACCCGAGGGCGAGUCCCAGGCCAAGUCAACGGCGAAAGUCCGAAAUGGUCGAAGAUCUCGAGUACGCUAUUUCGUCGCUGCAAUUGAAUAGUAACGAAGAGGAUAUGAAGAUUGCGAGAAACUCGCCGAGAAAGUCGCCCAAGAAACGUGUGGAAAAGAAGUCGGAGUCUGUGCUGAUUGAGCGUCUUGGAAGUACCACUCAUGAUCACACCACUCUGAAGCUGUCCGAGGUAGAGACAAUCCCAAAGCAGUCCGAACCCAAGAACAAAGAGGCGGCUUUACCCGUGACAGAACCAUCAGGAGACCCGAACUGUCAAGCCACCGAGACACGGAACGUGCCAACACACCUCGAAUCGAUAACUGUCUACAACGGGUACUGGGCGAUAGAACCAGAAACAAAGGAAGAGAAGGAUGUGAAAACGGUAAAAAAGAGCAAGACGAAGCGUCUUCCACGAGUCAGCAUCCUCGAUUUGACUACAGGUUGA